AUGAAUAUAUUAUUAAAAGCUGGAUUGAAAUCAGUUUUAAACGUAGAUGUUGUAGAGGAUGAUGGAGCUGGUAAUCAAAAUGAAGUUAAUAUAAGUUAUGUAGAUUAUUCACAAUUAAUUCAUGGUAUUAGAAGUCAAGUAAAUAAUGAAAGCAACACAUUAAAUGGUAAUGGUUCUUCAGUUGUCUUAAAUAUUUUUAUUAGAAAUUUUGUAGGUAAAUUUUAUCAAAUUAGCACUGAAUCAAAUAUUAGUAUAUUAUCAUUGAAGAAAUAUUUGAAUGAAAAAUAUGAACAAAACAUAGAACCUGAUAAAAUGGUAUUGUUAUAUGGCUCAAAGGUAUUGGCUAAUAAUAUGGCAUUAAGUGACUAUUGUAUUAGAAAUGAUAGUACUGUAACUCUUUUUAUUUCAAAUAAUAAGGUAAAGAUUUCAAAUGUCUUUGAACCUAGCUAUGACCAUGACUUUACUUUUAUUAGGGAUGUACCCAAUCAAUUUUAUCGUGGUGGCCGAGUUUAUAAUAGACCAUGUGGCUCAAAAAGAUUCGCUUUGUCAGUAUUAAAUCGAUUUACUAAUUAUAACAACUGGUUAGGAACCGAUCAGAAUAGUUGGCCUGUAUCAUAUCAUGCAAGUUUAUCUUAUAUAGAUAUAAAAAACUCAAUCCUUUCAAAACAUCCACAGAUUCAAUUGAAUUCACACAACGAAGUUUUAACAACUCCAUCGUUUGAAUUGGCAAAAACCAAUGCUCAUAUUUUUACAUUUGAAGGUAUUAAAUAUUACAUUGUAUUUCAAAACCGUAUAAACCCACAAUCAAUCACAACAAUUAAAUUAAAUGAUGGUAAUGAAUAUUGGAAAUCAUUAGCAACAUCUGAUCAUUUAAGACCUUAUUCAAUUUGUAUUCAAAAGGUUUAA